GUUCUUUUCCAGCCAAUGACACUUGCCCAACCAUCGAUUUCCAUUUUCCAUCAAAUAGAGGCCAAGAGCUCAACAUGGACGAAUCCAAAGAACUAGCUGCUGUGUCCUUGCCAACGGAAGUCGAAAUCUCUGCUGUGGAUAGCGAAGAGAGGCGUGGAGAAGCCCCGAUCAAGCCCGAAUUUCGCCGCAUCUUGGAAAAGAAAGACGACAACGAAGAACGUGAACGUGGCACGUUCAAGAAGCGCCCUCGCGACCCCACUGACGACCCGUCGACGGUACUUUGCCGCGGUGUGGCGGCCGGCGAAGGCUGCUCGUUCGAAGACAAGUGCAAGUUUAGUCAUGACGUGGCAGAUUUCCUCAAGCGCCGACCCAAGGAUCUCGGGGACACGUGUCCGGUGUUUGCUGCCAACGGGUACUGCCGGUAUGGGCUCAACUGUUGCUACGGUCUGUCGCAUGUGGACGCGAACCACGUCAACUUGGGCACUCCAGCGGACUUCAAGGCCACGGAAGCCAACGACUUGAGCAUGGACAACCGCAAUUUGUUGCGGAAGAGCACGUAUCCGUUUCGAUCAGUGGCUUCGACGUACAAGAAGAAGGGCGGCAUGGCCAAAAAAGCGCGCGACUUCAAGAUUGACACGGUUGACAACCCAAACGUCCCUGACCACAAACCGGUCGACUUCAAGGGCAAAGUGUACAUUGGUCCGCUGACAACCGUGGGAAACUUGCCGUUUCGCCGCGUGCUCAAGCAGUGGGGCGCCGACAUUACGUGCGGCGAGAUGGCCAUGACCACGAAUCUGCUCCAAGGACAGCAAUCAGAGUGGGCGCUGCUGCGCCGCCACGAAAGCGAAGACAUAUUUGGUGUGCAGAUUGCAGGGGCGUUCGGCGACCAAACCGCCCGCGUGUGCGAGCUCAUCACUCGCGAGACAUCGGUGGACUUUAUCGACAUCAACAUGGGGUGCCCCAUCGACUUGGUGUGCAAGGCUGGCGCGGGGGCCGCCUUGAUGAACCGCACGCCCAAGUUGUGUGAAGUGAUUUCUGGGGCGCUAACCGGCAUCGAAGUCGGCAGCUUUGGACGCGCCACUCGCCCGGGGCUGACGGUCAAGAUGCGCACGGGAUGGUCCGACAAGCAGCCGCUGGCGCACAAGUUGGUGCCGAAGGUGCAGUCGCUGCGAUCUGGCGCCGACUUUAUGAACCAGAGCGUCGUGCUCAACUAUGCGAUGCGGACCAAUGUCAAUGUGGACGCGCUCACGAUCCACGGGCGGUCGCGGUUGCAGCGGUACUCCAAGAGCGCCGACUGGGUGUACGUCGAGGAAUGUGCGAAAGCCCGCGAGGCCGGCGACGGCGGGCGGCAGAUGGCGCUGAUUGGCGGCGGGGAUGUCUUGUCCUACGAGGAGUUCCAUCAACAUUUGAGCUCGGGGGUGCUGGAUACGUGCAUGUUGGCUCGUGGGGCCCUCAUCAAGCCGUGGUUGCCCACCGAGAUUAAAGAACGCCGCCACUUUGACAUUUCCGCGUCAGAACGUCUCGACUUGCUCAAGGAUUUCGUGAAAUUUGGCAUGGAGCAUUGGGGGUCGGAUCAAAAGGGCAUCAACCGCACCCGUCGAUACCUUCUCGAAUGGCAAUCGUUCUUGUGCCGGUACAUUCCCGUAGGUAUCUUGGAGCAGCUGCCGCAACGCAUCAACGCCCGCCCGGGUCUAUAUUAUGGCCGCAACGACCUCGAAACGCUCAUGGCCAGCGAUCAGGCCGUGGACUGGAUCAAGAUCUCCGAGAUGCUGCUGGGUCCAGUGCCGGAAGGGUUCCAGUUUGUGCCCAAGCACAAAGCAAAUGCAUAUGCCUAAUAAGUCAGAACAAGGAAUCAAUCGUGUCGACGUAAGAAGUCGGGUUUUCGGCGGUAUAUAUAUAUAUAUAUUGUGGUUUCGACAUGAAUUUCCAGAUCCCAUCGA